AGCCGAGCGGGGCUGUAAGGAGGAGACACUUUUUUUUUUUUUUUUUAACCUCCCUCCUUCCCUCCUCUCCUCCUCCCUUCCCUUCCCCUCUCCUCCCCUCUCUCCUCCUUCCCCCCUCGGUCCGCCGGAGCCUGCUGGGGCGAGCGGUUUGUAUUGCAGGCGCUUACUCUCCGGGGCCGCCCGGCGGGUAGCUGGCGGGGGGAGGAGGCAGGAACCGCGAUGGCGCCUCAGAAGCACGGCGGUGGGGGAGGGGGCGGCUCGGGGCCCAGCGCGGGGUCCGGGGGAGGCGGCUUCGGGGGUUCGGCGGCGGUGGCGGCGGCGACUGCUUCGGGCGGCAAAUCCAGCGGCGGGGGCUGUGGAGGCGGCGGCAGUUACUCGGCCUCCUCGUCCUCCUCCGCGGCGGCAGCGGCUGGGGCCGCGGUGUUACCGGUGAAGAAGCCGAAAAUGGAGCACGUCCAGGCUGACCACGAGCUUUUCCUCCAGGCCUUUGAGAAACCAACACAGAUCUAUAGAUUUCUUCGAACUCGAAAUCUCAUAGCGCCAAUAUUUUUGCACAGAACUCUUACUUACAUGUCUCAUCGAAACUCCAGGACAAACAUCAAAAGGAAAACAUUUAAAGUUGAUGAUAUGUUAUCAAAAGUAGAGAAAAUGAAAGGAGAGCAAGAAUCUCAUAGCUUGUCAGCUCAUCUGCAGCUUACAUUUACUGGUUUCUUCCACAAAAAUGAUAAACCAUCACAAAACUCAGAAAAUGAACAGAAUUCUGUUACCCUUGAAGUUCUGCUUGUAAAAGUUUGCCACAAAAAAAGGAAGGAUGUAAGUUGUCCAAUAAGACAAGUUCCCACAGGUAAAAAGCAGGUGCCUUUGAAUCCUGACCUCAAUCAAACAAAACCUGGAAAUUUCCCGUCCCUUGCAGUUUCCAGUAAUGAAUUUGAACCUAGUAACAGCCAUAUGGUGAAGUCUUACUCAUUGCUAUUUAGAGUGACUCGACCGGGAAGAAGAGAGUUUAAUGGAAUGAUUAAUGGAGAAACCAAUGAAAAUAUUGAUGUGAAUGAAGAACUUCCAGCCAGAAGAAAACGAAAUCGUGAAGAUGGGGAAAAGACAUUUGUUGCCCAAAUGACAGUGUUUGAUAAAAACAGGCGCUUACAGCUUUUAGAUGGGGAAUAUGAAGUAGCCAUGCAGGAAAUGGAAGAAUGUCCUAUAAGCAAGAAAAGAGCAACAUGGGAAACUAUUCUUGAUGGGAAGAGGCUGCCUCCAUUUGAAACAUUUUCUCAGGGACCUACGUUGCAGUUCACUCUUCGUUGGACAGGAGAGACCAAUGAUAAAUCCACAGCUCCUAUUGCUAAGCCUCUUGCUACUAGAAACUCAGAGAGUCUACAUCAAGAAAACAAGCCUGGUUCAGUUAAACCUACUCAAACUAUUGCUGUUAAAGAAUCACUGACUACAGAUCUGCAAACAAGAAAGGAAAAAGAUACUUCAAAUGAAAACCGACAGAAAUUAAGAAUAUUUUAUCAGUUCCUUUAUAAUAACAAUACAAGACAGCAAACCGAAGCAAGAGAUGAUCUGCAUUGUCCUUGGUGCACUCUGAACUGCCGCAAACUUUAUAGUUUACUCAAGCAUCUUAAACUCUGCCAUAGCAGAUUUAUUUUCAAUUACGUUUAUCAUCCAAAAGGUGCUAGGAUAGAUGUUUCUAUCAAUGAGUGUUAUGAUGGCUCCUAUGCGGGAAAUCCUCAGGAUAUUCAUCGCCAGCCUGGAUUUGCCUUUAGUCGAAAUGGACCAGUAAAGAGAACUCCUAUCACACAUAUACUUGUAUGCAGGCCAAAACGAACAAAAGCAAGCAUGUCUGAAUUUCUUGAAUCUGAAGAUGGAGAAGUAGAACAGCAACGAACAUACAGUAGUGGACACAAUCGCCUGUAUUUCCAUAGUGAUACCUGCUUACCGCUCCGUCCACAAGAAAUGGAAGUAGAUAGUGAAGAUGAAAAAGAUCCUGAAUGGCUAAGAGAAAAAACUAUUACACAAAUUGAAGAAUUUUCUGAUGUUAAUGAAGGAGAGAAAGAAGUGAUGAAAUUAUGGAAUCUCCAUGUCAUGAAGCAUGGGUUUAUUGCUGACAAUCAAAUGAAUCAUGCCUGUAUGCUGUUUGUAGAAAAUUAUGGACAGAAAAUCAUUAAGAAGAAUUUAUGUCGAAACUUCAUGCUUCAUUUAGUCAGCAUGCAUGACUUUAAUCUUAUUAGCAUAAUGUCAAUAGAUAAAGCUGUUACCAAGCUCCGUGAAAUGCAGCAAAAAUUAGAAAAAGGAGAAUCUGCUUCCCCUGCAAAUGAAGAAAUUACAGAAGAACAAAAUGGGACAGCAAAUGGAUUUAGUGAAAUUAACUUAAAAGAGAAAGCUUUGGAAACAGAUGGAGUCUCAGGGGUUUCAAAACAGAGCAAAAAACAAAAACUCUGAAAAGGCCUGACCCCGUAUUUUGGACAAACACUGAAAUUGCAUUCUAGAGGAUUCAGCCUCUAGGAAGAGUGGUUUUUUUGGUUUUAAUCAUAGGUUCCAAACAGGCACUGCUAGAUGAAGUAAAUGAUUUCAACAAGGAUACUGCUAUCAGGGUUCUUCUUCACUUCAUUAUGCAAGCAUUACAUGUGUAUGAGUUUUAUUGAUGUCAUUACAACAUUCUCUAGUUCAAGCAUGGAAAGCAAUACUUCAAAAAGUUUUUUUAAACUUUAGCAGCUGUCUUAUGAAAUAUAUUGAAUUGAUAAUCUAGGAAUUAUUUCAUAUAGUUAAAUUAUAAUCUUUGCAUUUGUGACCGGCUGUUUUUCUACUUUGUAAUUGUGAGACAUUUUCUU